UCUCUCUCUCUCUCUCUCCCCACGCACGCACGCACACCACCUAUCCGUUAUCUUCAACCUUCGCUGGUUAUGGGAUGAAUUUCUGGUGAGGUUUCGUUGAGCUAUAUAUUUGGAAAUUCUUAAACAUCUUGACUUUUGGGGUUUUAAUAUUUUUUGCUGAACGUUGAGAGAAAUGAACUGAUUCCUCAAGAAGAUAUCAGCUGCUUCAGCUUAGCAUCAAUCUACUACAAAAGGUCAAACAAGACAAGUCCUUCCAACUACUUCCAGGGAUGUUUAAGAAAAUCAUACUGGUCUUUUUUAUUGGGUUUCUAGCAUGGGCAUAUCAAUCUGUCCGUCCCCCACCUCCCAAGAUAUGUGGCUCCGAAGGUGGUCCACCCAUUACAGCACCCAGAAUAAAGCUUAGGGAUGGACGAUAUUUGGCCUAUAAGGAGCAUGGUGUUCCCAAAGAAAUGGCCAAAUACAAGAUCAUCUUUGUUCAUGGCUUUGGCUGUAGCAGACAUGACUUAGCAACUGUACCAUCGGUGAUGACUGACGAACUAGGGGUCUACUUUGUGUCAUUUGAUAGACCAGGUUAUGGAGAAAGUGACCCGGAUCCAAAACGAACCUUAAAAAGUAUAGCUCUGGAUAUAGAAGAGCUUGCUGAUCAGUUAAAACUUGGAUCCAAAUUUUAUGUAAUUGGGUUUUCCAUGGGAGGACUGCAGGUUUGGGGAUGCCUUAAGUACAUCCCUCACAGGCUGGCAGGAGCAACAUUAAUUGCUCCGGUUACCAAUUACUGGUGGCCUGGGUUUCCUGCAAAUUUUUAUGGGGAAGUCUACUAUGAGCAGUUUCCACAAGACCAGUGGGCUUUGCGGGUCGCGCACUAUGCCCCUUGGCUCACCUAUUGGUGGAACACUCAGAAAUGGUUUCCUGCCUCGAGUGUUAUUGGCCAAAGGCCUAAGUUAUCUCGCCAAGAUUUACAAAUCAUAUCCAAUCUUAGGGGGGAACAAAGUGACAAGGCAUAUGUGACACAACAAGGAGAAUUUGAGUCCUUACAUCGCGACCUGAUGGUUGGAUUUGGGCGUUGGGAAUUUGAUCCUAUGGAUCUUAAGAAUCCUUUCACUGAUGGUGAAGAAGGCUCUGUCCAUUUGUGGCAAGGCGAUGAAGAUGGCCUUGUUUCUGUUCCACUGCAACGCUACAUUGCUGCAAAGCUUCCAUGGAUACACUACCACGAAUUACCUGGUGCCGGGCAUCUGUUUGUACUUGCUGAGGGUAUGAGCGAUGCCAUCUUAAAGGCCCUUCUACUGGGGGGAAAAUCGCCUAUCGAAGAGACAACUGGCUGAGCCUCUAUUUCUCUCUCUCUGGGCAUAUUUUGAUUUACAUUUUAUGCUAAUAUUGGAAAUCGAACCUUGUUCUCCCUUUGAUUUCAAAUUAGAGUGCAUAUUUUGACAGUGGCUCAAAUUUGUGAUGCCAAGGUUAUUUAGCAGCUUUCUCUGACAAUUGCCAAAAUCACGGUCAUCCUUCUUAGUUGAGGAAUGGACUGAUGAGCGUCAUUAUAAGAAGUUCAUUUCUCACGAAUGCCCUACCAUAUUAGAAGCAGGCAACUAGCCAGAUGAAUAAAGAGCAGAAGCUUUACCAUAAGAGGUGCAUGAACUAUCAGCAGGAACAUUAAAUUUGGUCCUAGCAAGUGGUAUUUUCUGGCACUGUCUUUUUUCCAUGGUGGUGGGGUGAGGGUGUGUAUUUGUGGUGGUUGUUUAAGAACCCUGCAGCCAUGGUGUGAUCAUGCGCAAUUGUGACUGUUUUAUAUGAGCUUAACUGUUAUAGCAAUUAAGCUUAACACCUGAGAUUUAUCAACUACACAAGCUGCUGAUUAGUUUCGAGGAGUUUAAUGUAUGAAGGCCUCGGUUAUACAUUGACCUGUUGGCAAUUAAAUGUUAGAAAAAU